AUGUCUUCACCAGCAGGAAGACGGAGGGGUCGUCCAUCCAAGAAUUCGACUGCAUCCCCCUCCUCGUCAGCUCGACAGGAACCCCCUAGCAGCCCGACUUUUCAGGCCACCACCCCCCGUGCCUCGAGACGGUUAAUGGGAGAAGGGAACGUGCCCUCUUCAUCCCCAAUCUUCUUCCAGUCAUCCCCCACCAAGGGAAACAACAAUGUUGGAACCCCUGAUGAGCGUAUGGGCGAUGCCAGCUCCACGGUGGACGAUGGCGACAGAACCCCGCGUGGAAACCCCGGCGUGAGAGACUCUUCUCCAAUUAACUAUAUCCCAAGUUCCAGUCCAACCCGAGGCUUCGGCCGUUCAGACCUUCGCUCAGAUAUCCGCUCCGAUGCACCUAGUACCGGCAGUGGGUUGUUUGUGGGGUCGGACACUCCUGGUCCACGUGCCAGUCAUCGUCGCAGCGAGCUCAAUUCAAGUGGCUUUGGGGGUACUCCCGGUCGUCGCAAUCGCAUGUUUGUCGAUAGCAAUGGAGUGCCGUCUCGCGAUGAUAAUAACAUCCCCCGCUCUGAUGCUACUUUCUCCAAUAUUAACCCUGAUACCUCCGAGGCAGAGGCCAUGCACGGUAACUCGACUCGUGUGAUCUGGGGUACAAAUAUCGCAAUUGCGGAUUCGAUGUCCGCAUUUAAAAACUUCCUAUACAAUUUCGCCCCCAAAUACCGCCUCUGGGCUGAAGGUGCGACGGAAGAUGAGACUCGACUCAUGGGAGAAGCGGCUGAAAGGCGCGAAUGCAUCGCCGAGAUGAACGACAUGCGCAAACUGGGUGUUACCUCUUACAACCUUGAUGCCGAAAACCUACGGGCAUACCCAUCAACCCGCAAACUGUGGCAUCAACUUUGCGCAUACCCGGCAGAAAUCAUUCCAUUGAUGGAUCAGAGCUUGAGGGAUGUCAUGGUGGAUCUGGCAUUGAAGGAAAUGGAUGUUUUGCGAUCGGAGAGCCAGCGUGGCGCUCAGGCUCGCGGUCGUAGGGGUCAGUCAAUUCUCACCUCUGACGGUGUGGCCCCUAACACGGAGAUUCCGGACUUGGUCGGGGAAGUUGAAGCCCUUAACUUUUCUACGCGUCCAUUCAACCUGGAUCGCACUAUCAACAUGCGUGACCUCGAUCCCGCGGACAUGGACAAGCUGAUCAGCAUCAAGGGUCUGGUCAUCCGUGCUACUCCCAUUAUCCCUGAUAUGAAGGAAGCCUUCUUCCGAUGCAAUGUUUGCGGAUACGGUGCCAAUAUUGACAUCGAUCGCGGCCGAAUCAACGAGCCCACCGUUUGCCCGCGUGAAUCGUGCAAGGAGAAGAAUUGCAUGAAGCUCCUCCACAACCGUUGUUAUUUCGCAGACAAGCAGGUCAUCAAGCUCCAGGAGACUCCGGAUAGCAUUCCCGAUGGUCAGACCCCUCACUCAGUAUCCCUGUGUGUCUACGAAAAUCUGGUCGACGUCUGCAAGGCCGGUGACCGUGUGGAGGUAACUGGUAUCUUCCGUUGCAACCCCAUGCGAGUCAGUGCUCGUCAGCGCUCGCAAAAGUCUCUGUUCAAGACAUACGUCGACGUUCUCCACAUCCAGAAAGUCGAUCGCAAGAAGAUGGGCGUUGACAUGUCCACCGUUGAGCAAGAGAUGGCCGAGCGAGCGAUCGAGGCAGAUCAACUGCGCAAGGUUUCAGCGGAAGAAGAAGAGAAGAUCAAACUUACUGCUGCUCGUCCCGAUAUCUAUGAGCUCCUGUCUCGCUCACUGGCCCCCAGUAUCUACGAGAUGGAUGACGUGAAGAAGGGUAUCCUGCUUCAGAUGUUCGGAGGAACCAACAAGACAUUCCAAAAAGGAGGUAACCCUCGUUACCGCGGUGAUAUCAACGUUCUUUUGUGCGGUGAUCCCUCGACUGCCAAAUCACAGCUGCUGCGCUAUGUCCACAAGAUCGCCCCGCGUGGUGUGUACACCAGUGGUAAGGGUUCAUCAGCGGUCGGUCUGACUGCGUACGUGACCCGCGACCCGGAAACCCGCCAGAUGGUUCUCGAGUCUGGUGCUUUGGUUUUGUCCGAUGGUGGUGUCUGUUGUAUCGACGAGUUUGACAAGAUGAACGAAUCCACCCGUUCCGUCCUCCACGAAGUCAUGGAACAACAGACCGUCUCCAUUGCCAAGGCUGGUAUCAUCACCACGCUGAACGCUCGCACAUCUAUCCUCGCCUCUGCCAAUCCCAUCGGUAGUAGGUACAACCCACAACUUCCAGUUCCCCAGAACAUCGAUCUACCGCCAACCCUGCUCUCUCGUUUCGACCUGGUCUACCUGGUGCUUGACCGUGUCGACGAGACUGAGGAUCGCCGCAUGGCCAAACACUUGGUCGGCAUGUAUCUCGAGGACAACCCCGAGAAUGCCAGCUCAUCUGAAAUUCUGCCCGUUGAGUUCCUCACCUCCUAUAUCACAUACGCCAAGACCCAUUGUCAGCCUGUCAUCACUCCAGCUGCCGGUAAUGCUCUCGCAGACGCCUACGUGGCUAUGCGUAAGCUCGGUGAUGAUAUCCGCGCUCAGGAGCGCCGUAUCACCGCUACCACGCGUCAGCUGGAAUCUAUGAUCCGACUUUCUGAGGCCCACGCCCGCAUGCGUCUGUCUCCCGAAGUCACUGCAGGCGAUGUCGACGAAGCGGUCCGACUGAUCCGCUCCGCCAUCAAGCAAGCCGCUACUGACUCUCGCACCGGUCUUAUCGACAUGGGCCUGUUGACCGAAGGUUCUAGCGCUGCUGACCGCCGCCUGCGCGAGGACUUGAAGAAGGCCGUGCUCUCGCGUCUGGACGAGCGCGGCGGCGCAACUGGCGGUUCGGUCCGCUGGGCUGAUUUGUUCCGCGACGUGAGCGAACAGAGCGACAGCAAGCUGGACCACACGCAGUUCAACGAUGUGGUGCGGUCGCUUGAAUCGGAGGGCUCAGUGAAUGUGUUUGGUGAAGGUGCUCGUCGCAGUAUCCGUCGGGCGGCGAUGAGCCUGGCCUAA